CCACCCAAGCUGGCACUACAAAAGCCACAGCUUCCUCAGUGGUCCGCCUUCCUACCAAGCAUGGUGCCCCAACUACAGAUGCUUCAGGGACCAGCCUCGCCGCCCAAGCAGCUCCCCCAGCGUCCCCUGCUUCAGGGGCCAGCCUCGCCGCCCAAGCAGCUCACCCAGCGUCCCCAGCAGAAGCCGGCCUCGCCGCCCAAGCAGCUCCCCCAGCGUCCCCAGCAGAAGCCGGCCUCGCCGCCCAAGCAGCUCCCCCAGCGUCCCCAGCAGAAGCCGGCCUCGCCGCCCAAGCAGCUCCCCCAGCGUCCCCAGCAGAAGCCGGCCUCGCCGCCCAAGCAGCUCCCCCAGCGUCCCCAGCAGAAGCCGGCCUCGCCGCCCAAGCAGCUCCCCCAGCGUCCCCAGCAGAAGCCGGCCUCGCCGCCCAAGCAGCUCCCCCAGCGUCCCCAGCAGAAGCCGGCCUCGCCGCCCAAGCAGGUGCCCCAGCGUCCCCAGCAGAAGCCGGCCUCGCCGCCCAAGCAGGUGCCCCAGCGUCCCCAGCAGAAGCCGGCCUCGCCGCCCAAGCAGCUCCCCCAGCGUCCCCAGCAGAAGCCGGCCUCGCCGCCCAAGCAGCUCCCCCAGCGUCCCCAGCAGAAGCCGGCCUCGCCGCCCAAGCAGCUCCCCCAGCGUCCCCAGCAGAAGCCGGCCUCGCCGCCCAAGCAGCUCCCCCAGCGUCCCCAGCAGAAGCCGGCCUCGCCGCCCAAGCAGGUGCCCCAGCGUCCCCCGCAGAAGCCGGCCUCGCCGCCCAAGCAGCUCCCCCAGCGUCCCCAGCAGAAGCCGGCCUCGCCGCCCAAGCAGCUCCCCCAGCGUCCCCAGCAGAAGCCGGCCUCGCCGCCCAAGCAGCUCCCCCAGCGUCCCCAGCAGAAGCCGGCCUCGCCGCCCAAGCAGGUGCCCCAGCGUCCCCAGCAGAAGCCGGCCUCGCCGCCCAAGCAGGUGCCCCAGCGUCCCCAGCAGAAGCCGGCCUCGCCGCCCAAGCAGGUGCCCCAGCGUCCCCAGCAGAAGCCGGCCUCGCCGCCCAAGCAGGUGCCCCAGCGUCCCCAGCAGCCAGCUUCUUGGCAAUCACCUUUGAUGCAACACUACUAUUCGAGGCCGUUCGGUACGUCAAAGUGGCUGCCGCCAAUCUCACAGCUGCUUCCAGAGAUCCCGCUGCUUCCAGAGAUCCCGCUGCUUCCAGAGAUCCCGCUGCUUCCAGAGAUGCCAGCCUACCCACCCAAGCAGUUCAAUCAACAGCCGCGGAUGCGACGUCCCUAGAGGCCAGUCUCCUCGCACAAGUAACCCCACCAGCAGAUGCCCUAUAGGCAGCACUACUGCACCAUGCAGCCACCAUUUCACAGAGGGCACAGGUGGCCCACCAGCCCAACGAGGAUCUGGGACGAGCAACUUCGGCCUUUCAUUACUCGCCACAGCAGUUCAAUCUUUAAACGCUCAACGCUAAAUCUGUGAUUCAAAUGGUGCUGUAACAUGGAUGUUUCAGAGACUGCUUUCAGCUGAGCAAUGCAUCUGUUUUUAUUAAAAAAAACAACUUUGAAAAUUGAA